AUGUCUAGUCAGCGUCUUGUCCUAGGCCUCCCACGUGUCUUGCCGUCGCUGCCGCCUUCGCUUGCGCCGCCGUGUCGUCCCUGCGUCGAGGGUAGGCUGCGCGCCACCCCUCACUCCUCCUCCCUUCGUCCGGCCACCGAGCCUUUUGAGACGCUUCACUUGGACGUCUGGGGCCCCGCCCCUCGUCUAGGCCCUGAGCGUGAGCGUUACUUUCUGGUGGUCGUUGACGACUUCUCCCGCUACACCACAGUGUUCCCUCUGGCGAAGAAGUCUGAGGUGACUUCUACGCUGAUCAGGUACGCCGCGCACCAGCUGAACCUCUGGCCACGUGUCUCUCGACCAGAGGUUUCACCGACCAGUCUUUGGACAGGGUCCCCUGGUGUUGCGUCGCGGUUUCGUGUCUGGGGGUGCUUGGCUCUUGUCCGCGACACCUCCGCGGACAAGCUCUCGCCUCGUGCCGUCCCCUGUGUCUUCCUUGGUUUCCCUGAGGACUCCUCUGACUUCACCUUUUACCACCCUCCCUCUCACCGGUUCUUUGACUCCCGUGACGUCCGUUUCGAGGAGUCCACUCCGUACUACGUCAGGCUACCCCUCCUCCUUCGGUAG